UGCAUUGGAGGGAAGUGAAACCUCAACUUAUGAAGAGAUUUUUUCCGGGCUACGAUAUACGGCCUACUGCAACAGAUUAGAAGUGUGAUCCCUGACCAUGGAAUCGGUGGCAGUGGAUGAACCACUGCACCACCGACCCAUUGGUCUGAGGCACUUCUAAUUGUUGGAAGUAAUUGCGCGACCAUAAUAUUUGAAGUAUACUUGGUAACUGAAGCAACGGGAGGGCGCCCGGAGAAUGGUUCACUGCACUGCACGUGUUGGGGGGGAACCAACCUCACCGUUUGUCAACAUCUGACGGAACUUGAACUCCUCAAUCCUUCCGACACUCGAGAAAUGCCGAAGAUUCAACACAGAUACCUUGACGACGAAAAGAGAGGGGUUACCUUCUUAGCCUCAACCUGAGAUAUGCUGCGAUGGUGCCGGUGAUCUUGCGGUCAACUCUAUUUGGCGUAAGUUGUGAGAGAUGCAAGAAAGAAGCCCCUGCAAUUGCAGGUAUGAAACAGCAUGCUCGCUGGCGAGUGAAGAGCUAUUGGGGGGUGUUUUGCGUCCAUUUCACUGACAAGUGAAUGAAAUGAGAGUGUUUCAUUCCCUUUCCUCGAUGGCGGAGGGUUCUGUGAUGCCAACACCGGCAGAGAGACCCCUUUUGCGAACGGUCAGAUCGGUUGUUGGGGGCUGCCCAGAUCGAAACUGCCCAGGACGGCAACAUAUGAAGCAAGGCAAUAGCUUGAGGACGUUAGCAACAGCAGGCUUUGAAACGUCGAUAAGCGGCCAAGGUCAUCGAAUCGUCUGUCCCUUGCCGAAAAUUGAUGUGAAUCUGGAACAGACGUUUGAGGAUGGGCUGAACGGACACGACGCCGAUCUGAACCAUUCACCUACAGCUCGUCGAUCUGACAGAAUGAGCAACCGGUAUAUUCGCACAACAUACGAAUUUCUGUUUGGAUCCGUACCUGGUUGUGUUCCGCAAGACCCGAUAUCAGGCUCCUGGAUCUUCGGAUUUUUGUGACCCCCUUCAAGUACGGGGAGUGCGAUCCGAAGUGACAAGUCAUGCAAGGGAAUUGUGAAAAGGGAAGCCAUCCGAUCUACGACCUCAAAGGGUGUCCCCUCGACUUGGAGACGUUGUUCCUUCCGGAGCAGGCGGCACAGUGGCGUGAAAUAUCCGUGGGCUCUUCAUGCCACUUCCCCUCUGGCCAGCUAUGGACAUUGACAGGUGUUAAGAUACCACUACUACUACCGCUACUCUACCACUGCCAUGUUACCCUAUGACUACUACUAUCAGCCUGUGGUGACAUUCAGUCGUCAAUCAUGUUGCUUUUAUCUACCUACAAUCUGUUUACUUUCCAAUCCUCAUUUUUCCCACUUCACAUGUGAUCAACAAAGGACGAACAACCCACAACCCACACUCCCGACUCGGCUAACCGGCCAGCAUCCCGACAGGUAUCCGACGAUUACCGCACUUUGAUCUCGAUCCACGUUGGGAUCUACAACCGUAGUUUAACAACACAACCGCAAAGGAGCCGAAACGAAACGAAACAAAAUGGAGCGGAUGUCAAUAAUUCACCAGACGGACUGGACGAUCGAUCAAUUUUUGUUUCAGAAGCCGAGGGGCUAAAGGUGAACCGGGCCAAGGAUGUCCUACUGUAGGUGCAGCCUUGUGGGCUUCCUAAGGCCGACCAGCGCGGUCGACUACAACGACGCCGGGGGUAUCUUUCGUUAGUGCGCUCUCGCUAGACUUUCCCGGGUCAGCCGCCAGCUUAGUCAGGAUCAGUAAAAUGACAGUACAGUACCUGUUUCAACAACAACUGCCACACUAAAGCCCAAGAAAUGUGUAAUACGCUAGUGCCAACUGGGAAAGAUGGGAGUUGAUUACGCGCUACUCUACUUAUGUACUAGUAUGAUACUGACGAAAGAUUGCCCAGAGGUGUUGUA